AUGGUCAAAUUUAUCGCCCCAGUCGCCAUCCUCAUCGCCGCGCCCCUUAUCGCGUUCGCUGCUGAGCAAGAGUUCACGCGAGAACUCGCAGAAGUGGACGUCUACACCCGAGAUAACUUUGAAGACACCGCUGACCUUGCUGCGAGAGACCUCGAAUCUAUCGAGUAUGACAUUGCCGAGCGAGGCUUUCCAUUUGGAGCCAUUAGCGGGAUCGCAAAAGGCCUCAGUCGCUCCAAAGGGGUGUCGAAAGGAUUUUCGUCGGCCGUAAAGAUAGGCAAGAAAGCAAACAGCGCUAACAACCACUACCAAAACGCUCAAGCAAACUACCAAAAUGGCAAAAGCACUUUCCAAAGCAUCAAAGGCAAAUUCAGUGGCAGAAGGGGCAGACGCGAUCUUGAAGCCCUCUAUGAGCGCGAUUUUGAUGAGGAAUUUGCCGAGCGUGACUUGCCGGAGGAUGUUCUCGAGUUCGUGGAACGUGGUUUCGAUGAGGACCUUUUGGAGCGCGAGUUCGAUGACGAACUGUUGGAGCGUGAGGUCGAUGAAGACGUUUUCGAGCGGGACGUCGAGGAGGACAUUCUUGAGCGGGAGCUUGAUGAAGACCUAAUGGAGCGGGAACUUGAUGAGGAUAUUCUUGAACGCGAGUUUGACGAAGACCUCGUGGUGCGAGAUGUUGAGGACGCUGUCCUUGAGCGCGACUUUGACGAAGAACUAAUGGAGCGCGACGACCUUGAGGAACGCGAAGUCGAUAUCGAUGAGCUGGAUUAGAGGUGGUUUUCGCAACGUCCGUGUUGCUUAAGUAUGUUGAACAUCUGAUGUAAACUUGGGAAAUGGCAUUGCAUUUGUAGAUGCAGGCCCAUCUAGGCUAC